AUGAACGAUAUUGACGAUAUUCACAGGUACCACUUAGGUUUUAUUAUUGGGCCUAAGAAUGAAGCGGGAGACCGAGUCCCAGGCGCUCGCUAUUACGUCAAGAACAACUUCUUGAAACAAUGGAUCUAUGAGGAGAUCCCUCUCAACGAUGUCAAGCAAUCGACGCAACUGCUUGCUCGGAUUAUGGUUGCCAAGAUUGAAGACGAAGCACGGCUGGUCAGGAUAUUCGAGACUGUUCCUAUCAUGCAGAACAACCCAGACUGGCGAUGUCGAACCUGGGUAGCUAAUGCGAUGGCUGCUAUACCACAAGACGGGAGGGUGGUGGGGACAUCGCAGCUAUCUUGGGAAGAAAUCGAGAGAGUCGGGAGAGAGUUCGUGGGAACUAAGAGCCAAGCUGGGAGGUAUAAUGACCAGGCGUCGUGGAAUGGUCCCCGGCCUACAUUGGAUUUGAUCCAGAGGAGAGAGGUUAUCGGGUAG